UCUCAUCGACCCUUUUAAUUUCUAUUUAAAAGGGAGAAUCAAAUAGGCCUAUUUGACAAUUUUUACUAACAACAACAUUUCAAAAACAACAACUUUAUACUCGAGUAUUAUUAUAGUAGUAAAAUGGGUGUACCGGGAUUUAUUUAUUGGUUGGUAACUAAUGUUAUCGACACCAAUGACAAGAAGGAUGCUGCUGAUGAUAAAAUUGUCUAUCCAAUUAAUAAGCAAUCAAUACUGGUACAGGAUAUAUUAAAACAACGUGUAGAUAAUUUCUAUAUUGAUUUGAAUGGUCUGAUUCACCCCUGUUGCCAUCCUCAAACAGGAAAGAAACCUGAGAAUGAAGAUGACAUGAUGAAACGAAUAACUGCUGAAUUGUUACAAUUGGCCAGAACAGUGCAACCUAAUAAUUUGUUUUAUAUUGCUGUUGAUGGUGUUGCUCCAGCAGCCAAACAAGAACAACAACGUCAUCGUAGAUUUGUUGCAAUUAGUGAAAAUGAACAAAAACUUAAAUUUAUUGGAAGAAUUCAAUCAGAGAUUACAAAGGAAAAGGACGAAUUGACUAAGGAAAUCAAAGAAAGUGAAGUGGAUAAAAUUCAGCAAAGAGAAAAGUUAUUGGACUCUGCUAUUGCAAGGAUGGAAGCUAAAAAGAAUCACUGGGAUCACAAUGUAAUUUCACCAGGUACACCUUUCAUGAUGAAAUGCAUGAGUACAGUUCACCAAGCUGCUAAAUUGAUUGCUACUGAAUUCCCACAUAUUAAGGUGAUAGUGAGUGACAGUAGUGUUCCUGGAGAAGGUGAACACAAAAUUUUGAGUUAUAUGAAGAGAGAAAAGGCAAUUAACAGUAAGGAAUUCUCUGAAAUGCUUCAUGUAGUACACGGUUUGGAUGCUGACUUGAUCAUGUUGACAUCCUUAAUUGGACUUCCAAAGAUUUUCAGUUACAGAGAUUCGGAAAAUGUUAGAAUGAAUAAGAGAGACAAAGAAUUGUUUAACAUUUCUGAAUUGGGUAGACACUUUGCUAGAGUUAUCUAUUCUUCAAUUGCAGAAUUAGACACAUCAUCGAAAUCACAAAAUAUUGAUUGGUCUAAUGCCAACUUUGUUUCAGAUGUUGUGCUGCUUUUGAUGUUUGUUGGUAAUGACUUUUUGCCAAACGUUCCUUCACUAGUCAUGCACAACCAUGCUGCUUCUAUUAUCAUGUACUCAUAUGCCAAAUAUUUAUUACAAUGUAUGGAAGAAUCUGGUCUUGGGGAUAAUUUUGAUCCAAGACCUCACUAUCUUGUCGAUUAUACAAAUAGUUCUAUGAUCAAUAUUAAAAAUAUGAUUAAGGCUAUGCAGUCAAUUAGAGAAGAAUCUGUAAUUGGAAUGUUUGCUAAAUUAUAUCAUUCUACUAUUAGACAUUAUCAAAGACAAGAAGAUAUUUAUCAACAACCUUCUUUCAUUGAGGAUAUGAAAGGUUGUUAUUCUGGUUCCAAUCUUAAAUUGCACAAAUUUGAUAAAAUGAUGAAGACAAUUUCUAAAAACAAUGCCUCACACAAACCAUUUGAGGUAGUAUUCAAGAUUUUACGUGAAUAUUUCAAAAACCAUAAGAAAAAGAACUUGAGAUCAUUAAAGGAACCAGAACAAUUGAUCAAGGCUUGCUUUUAUAAUCCUGCAGAAGUAAUUCACGAAAUUAAUACUUCAAUUAUUUUGAAAUAUACAGAUGAAAUCCAUCAAGAAUACUAUCAUAAGAAAUUUGGAGAUUCCUCUUUGCUUUUCAGAAAAACACUAGUUAAAGAAUAUCUUCGUGGUAUUGUUUGGGCUUUCAAUUACUAUUCCUACAAUGAUCCACCAUCUUGGUAUUGGAGAUAUCCUGAACAUUAUGCUCCUGUCAUGUGUGAUAUUUUGGAUUGUUAUGAUGAAAUUAAUGAUGAAUACAUUAAGGAUAUUACUACUUUUGAAAAGGGUGAACCAUUAACAGCUUACCAACAACUUAUCUCCAUUCUUCCAAAGGAAAGUAUGGAAGCUUGUUUGCCAAAGACAUACACUGACAUUCUUAAUAAUCCAAAGUUGGAUAAGUUCUUCCCAAAGGAAUUCGAAAAGGAUGGUAACUUUUCUGGUAUUGUUUAUAAGGCUGUAUCAUUAUUACCUUCCAUCGAUCUUGAUUUGGUUAAAAAUAUCACUAAGGAAAUUGAUCCACUCUUAUCUGAAGAAGAAUCGAGAAAGAACAAGUUUGGUAUCGAUGUUAUUUAUACAGCAGUUGAUUCAGAAGUUAACAAGAAGCUUUCUACACUCGAAGAUAAGGUUGAAAAGGAAGAAAAAUUCAAAGGUGAUGAUACCCUUCUCUCUGGAGUUUUCUCAAAGAUUGAUACAAAUGAAAUGGUUUUCGGAAGUGAAGUAGUUGCAAGCGAAUUAAAGGCAUCAGUCGCUGCUUACAAGUUCAGUACACCUACAGUACCAAUUCAAGAUGCUUACAAAUUUGUCACAACAAAUUCAAUUCCUAAAGCCAAGUUGGUUUCCACACUCACUAGACAGCUCGGUACAUUCAAGCAAGUAGGAGGAUUUGUCAGUAUGUCUGAAGAUCAAGAUUUGAGCAAUUUGAGUAACAAUUUCAGAAUCAAGUUCCCAAGAAAGACCACUCAAGGAUCAAAGAGAGCUCCUAAUCGUAACGAAGAUUACAAAUCAAAUAGACCAAGUAAGGCUUCUAAGAGGGAUAAUUCCCAAAAGACUCCACACCAAAAGAAGGAAUCUACCACAGAGGAAUCAAACGAAAUGCAGGAUGAAGAAAAGUCUAUCUCCACUGAAAGAAAACCAAUCAGAGCCAGAGUCGCACGUAACAAGAGAGCUGAGAUUGCUGAGGCUAAGGCCAAGGUUACUGCUGAAAAAAAGAGAACUUCUGAAGAUAGCAAUGAAGGUCCAGCCAAAAAGAAGAAGAAGAAGAACAAGUCAACAAAACAAGAAGCCAAGGUUGAAACCAAGACUGAAGAAAAGAAGGAAGCAUCUUCAUCAACAGAGGCCUCAAGCUCAGCAGCCACUGAAACAACAGCAACAAGUGAGUCAACUGCUACCACCACAGCCGCUGCAGCCUCCGCAGAAAGCAAGACCAAGAAGAAGAGAAAGAGACAAAAGAAGAAUAAGGGAGGCAAGCCAGCAACAACAGGAGCUAGCUCAUCUACCACAACUGAAUCAACUCCUGCUCCAGAAGCUGCUGUUGAUGCCAGCAAGAACAAGUUGAAGGAAAGUACAAAUGCCAAAUUCAAGGCCUUGUUGAGCAAGUUUACUGUAAAGAAGUAAAGUUUAAUUUUUGAACUGUAA